GUUCGUCGUGGAAAGUUAAAGGUAGCGGACGUACAUCAUGAGUGAAGUUUAUAAACUUGGUGAUUUAGUUUGGGCUAAAAUGAAGGGAUUCAGCCCUUGGCCAGGCCGGGUAGCCAUCCCAACCCCGGAGCUGAAGCUACCAAAAAAGACGACCAAUGUUCAAUGCAUUUAUUUCUUUGGGACUAAUAAUUACGCUUGGAUAGAAGAACACAACAUAAAGCCGUACCACGAGCAUAAAGAGCAACUUAUCAAGUCUUGCAAGACGGCAGCUUUCAAGGAGGCUGUUAACCAAAUAGAGGAGUUUAUCGUCAACCCGGAGAAAUUCGGUGACAUUGACGAACACGCCAGAAAUCCAGAAGAAGAGUUUGAUAAGCUCAAAGAUGAGAUGAACGAAGACAGUUCUCAAGAGAAGUCUGAAGUAGAACAAUCGCCCGAAGUCAAGAAAAAGAGCUCUACACCAAAGAUACGUUUGGGCAUUUCAAAGGUGAAGUCGGCCAAACGGUCGUCGUCAGCCAGUCUGAAAGGUGUGCCGCGUAAGAAGGUGCGCCGAGUGGCUCGCUCCUUCACCGACACCGACAUCGCCAAUGAGAAGCCCUCCAUGCUGAACCACUCCUUCAGCAAGAAGUCCAGCCUGCUGCACCGACCCUCCAAUAUACUGAGACCUGAGACACCACCUCUAGACCUGGAGAAUGUGUCAGAGACGCUGCUGGAGAAGAACAUCAAGGCGAGCCAGAUGAAGUUCGGCUUCCUGGGGCUGGGCAUCAUGGGCAGUGGUAUUGUUAAGAACCUGCUCAAUUCUGGACAUAAGGUGCUCGUGUGGAACAGAACAGGGGCAAAGUGCAAAGACUUUGAAAAGGUUGGCGCGACGAUAGCUGUGACGCCGUGUGACGUCGUGGAGGAGGCAGACAUCACCUUUUCUUGCGUCGCCGACCCUCAAGCCGCUAAAGAGAUGGUAUUUGGGAAUUGCGGCGUAUUGCAUUGUCCGUCGUUGGAGGGCAAGGGUUAUGUGGAGAUGACGUCCAUCGACGCUGACACUUCGCAUGACAUCGUAGAAGCUGUCAGCGGCAAAGGCGGACGAUAUCUGGAGGCGCAGAUCCAAGGGUCGAAGACGCAGGCAGAGGAGGGGACACUGAUCCUUCUGGCGGCGGGAGAUCGCUCGUUGUUCGACGACUGCCAGUCCUGCUUCAAGGCUAUGAGCAAGAAUUCCUUUUACCUUGGUAGUGACAUCGGGAACGCAUCAAAGAUGAACGCAGUGCUGCAGGUGGUGGGGGGGGUGUCCCUGGCCGCGCUGGCUGAGGGCCUGGCGCUGGCAGACCGCGCUGGUCUCAGUCAGGCAGACCUCCUCGACGUCCUCGCUCUCACACCGCUCGCAUCUCCACAUCUCAUACUGAAGGGUCGCGCUAUGAUAGAAUCAUCAUACUCAACACAUCAGCCGUUGACACACAUGCAGAAGGACCUGAAGUUGGCGUUGGGUUUGGGAGACGCUUUGGAGCAGUCUUUGCCACUCACUGCCACCACCAAUGAGAUCUUCAAGCAUGCCAAACGACUCGGAUAUGCCAACCAUGAUGUCGCAGCUGUUUACAUCCGAGCCCGCUUCUGAUGCACCAUGCCACCAUGCCACCAUGCCACCAUGUCUCAUCAGAGGACGCCAGAACUAAUGUAAGGGUACAGUGAUGAUCUACGACUAUAUUCUAAUAUAAUUAAUAGAUCAAAAAUUAUCAUCUAAGUGAAUUAAAAGAAAGAUAAGGUUUCAUAUAUUUUAGAAAUUUUCAAAGUAAAUUUGUUUAUUAUUUUUUAAUGUAAUUUUGAGUUAUGACUUUUUCUCAACAGAACAAUACCCCUACAAAAUAAUAUUACCCCC